UAAUGAUGACCAGAGCUGCGGCAGAUAUAAUUAUUUUGUACUUUUUUAACAUAGCUAGCUAGUUAUGUCAAAAAAUAAUGACGAAACUCUGCUAACUUUAAUGUCAAUGGGAUUUGAGUAUGCUGAGUGUAAAACCGUUUUGCAGGAUGGCUUAAAAGACGUAGAAGAAGCGAUUCAAAGACUCCUGUGUAAAAAGGGUGGUAGCAAAGAAGAAAAUUAUGAAGUAAAUGACGUUUUAAAUGGCAGUCGAAACUCAUUAGAUGAAGCUUGUCCCACAUCUUAUGAUGUUGUAGAAAAUGAGAAAAUAAAAAGCCGCUAUGAGUUAUCUGAUAAACAUCAUCAACAAAAGGAACAGUUUAAUAAAAAAUAUAGAGAUGCUAUUGACCAAUCAGCAAAAAAGCAACGGCUUGAAGAAAGAAAACUGAAGCAAGAUAUUCUCAAUAAAAUAAAAUUGGAUAGACAAAGUAAAGUGGAAAAGAGACUUGUAAUGUCUAGUGCAACUCAACCUGUUUUAAAAGAAAGAGGUAAUAAAGAUGAAGUACCAGUUAAAUCUGAUUGUAAAAUACAGAUUCGACUUCCAUCUGGAGCAACCCUGCAAGCAUCAUUUGACAGGCACUGCUUGUUGAAAUCUGUAAUGAAAUAUGUAACAAAUCAUGUAGAUAUCAGUAACGUCUUACAGAAUCCCUCAUUAAUGCAACCAUUUCCAAGACGUGAGUUCACAGAAAAAGAUAUGGGAAAGACGUUAAACGAUCUUUCCCUUUAUCCAUCGGCAAUGUUAGUUGUCCAUGAACAAUGUCAACCCUCUAUUGACAUGCAAGAACAUGAGGGUGGUGAUUGUUUAGAAGGCCACAUUGAUGCAUCUGAUAAAGGUUUAAACAAUCAAGCAUGUGCUAACUCCAGAAUUCUUCAGGGAAGAUUUAUUAAUAAUGUAGAAGAUAACAUUUCACAUUGUAACGACCAGAGUAAAAAACAUGGUCACCAUUCAGAUUCUUUCUUAUUUCAACAAGCUGUUGAAAAACGUCUACGACACACUGGUUUAGGUUCUCCAGAAGAUAUAGUAAACAUCUCUCGUGAUAUUCCACAGUUGCAACAACUUGCUGCAAAAUGUGCUGCUUGUCAUUUGUUACAACUGCAUCCAAAUGUUGUUAACUCAAUGGCAAGAUUAUCAUCAAAAUCUGCAACAACUAUUAUGACGUACCUGAAAUCAAAAAAGAAGCUAACUCCGAAUGUUAUGAAUUUUUUUCUUCCAUGUAAAUUGCAAGAGAUCAAUUUGGAUUUUUAUAUGUUAACUACUAAUGAUCUGUUGGAAAGGAUGAGGUGGCAUUAUAACAUUUCGAAAAUGAGCUUGAAAUCAUGUGCUUGCAUCACUGACACUGGGUUAUCAACAGCUCUUACAGGGUUACAUUCAUUGCAAUAUCUAAACUUGACAGAAUGUACACAAUUAACAGGACGAAUACUUGACCAUAUUGCAGAGUUAACAAAGCUAAGAGUAUUAAUCAUGGACAGGACAAAGGUAAAAGAUAAAAAUGUGCAACAGUUUUUCAAAACAACAAAAUCACAAAGUUUAACUGAACUGAGUUUUAAUUAUUGUUCAAUAGGAAGCGAUGCAUUUCAUGAUGUUCCAGAGUGUCCUUCUCUUGUGGUAUUGUCAGUCAACCACACCAAGGUAUCUCGUUUGGAUUUUAUUACACAAUUUAACAAUUUAAGGAUGCUUGGAAUAAAAAGCACUUCAGUAACAGACGAUCAAACAGUCCUUCUCGAAGGUUUGACUGGCUUGUUUUCACUUGAACUUCAGGGGACUCCUGUAACGAAUGAAGGUUUACCAUCAAUUAAAGGUUUAAAACUAACACAUUUGUCUUUACCUGAUCGACAAAUGGUUGACGACGUAACAAUUUCUAUUAUAGCAGGAUGUCCUCUCAAUUCACUGGAUUUAGGAGGUUAUAUUAAACUCACAGGGCGUUGUCUUUACAGCAUAUCUCAAAUGAAAAGUCUCAAAGAUUUAUCAUUGUCCAACACCAAGAUAACUGAUAAUGGCAUCGAGUUGCUAUGUGGACUGGAUCGUUUGGAAGCGUUGGAUCUAUCAAGAACAUCAAUUUCAAAUCGUAUUAGCGUUGUUUUAAUUGCUCUUCCGUUACUUGAAACUUUGAAUUUAUCCUGGACGAAGGUGGACGACGACGUUGUCGAGCACUUAAAUAGUUGUUGUAAUUUGAUGAAACUGAAUUUAGCACACACAGGUAUAACGAAUAAAGGAAUAGCACGAUUAGUUCUUCAUUAUCUAAACGUGUUGUUGUUGGAUUGGACGGAAGUGACGUUAGAGGGAAUUCAACAAUGUUUAGAAAACUGCUGCCGGUUAAUGACAGUCCGAAACAGCAAAUAUAAAGUUUCCUUCACAAAGAACGGUUGAUGGUUAUAUACGAUUCUCUUUUUUAAGAUCUCCACUUCUCUCUAAGCAUCGUCUGCCGAUGAGCAGAAGUCAAAGAAUAUUAUAUAUAAAAUAAUGAAUAAAUUUUAAUUGGUGAUGGGUAGUUGUUACGAAAUGUUACCCUAUAUUUUUUUGCAUAAGAACUUGAAAAUUUGAAAUAAGGCUGCUUCUGCGAAAAACACAAUUAGUUUUAUGUUAAAUGAAGAAAACAAAAGAAUAAAGAAUUAAACGUUGCCUUGUGAGCUAUGUGAUUAAAUAGUCCUAUUUAAAAAAUAAACCACAAGACAGGUAUAAGUACACGAAGCCAAGUUUAGAUUUUGUCUUUCUUCCUCCAAAGUAAUAUCUUGGAGGGACGGUCGUAUUAAUCACGGCAUAAAAGACUAAUUAAAAUACUUUUAAAACACAUGAAAAAGAUUCAUCAAUGCGAAUAAUGCAAUUAAUAUGUGCUUAAAAACAUCCACUAUCUGGUACUAAAUAUGUUUAUAAGUAAAAACAUGCACCUUCCAUCACAUGCGAAUAUUAAUUCCCCAGAAGUGCGAAUAUUUCACAUUCUUUUUUAAACUGUGAAAUUUCUGAUAAAGCCAAUAAGUGCUCUUCAAUGUUUAUUUUUAUAAUUCUUUCGUUUUUCUUGACAAUUCUUGUUAUUUGUAAGUUUUGUAGUUCGUACUCUAGGUAUACGUUUUGGAAAGUUUAAUAUUUUAUUGUUGUGUAUUAAAAUAAAUUGUAAAAAUAAAUUAAAAUAAGUCCGGACGUCUGAUUUUCCGAUAAUGUUAAUGUUGUUCACAAAUGCAGGAUGUCUGCCAGGAAAUCUUAUUUUAAGACUAGUUGACCUUGAAAUCCUGAUCCUCGUGAGUUCAUCUGUGAAAACAGGUAUUCCCACGCGUGUCGUUAACAAGUAAUCGAUCAUAGUCUUUUUGUAUAAACAUAGUGUAUACUUUUUCAGCUUCGGUAUGUUAAUGAAACAAUUUUCACCUUAACCUUUCCCCAGGACAAAUAUAAAAAGCGUAACAAUUCCUAAGGAUGAGGUUUAUUUCAACCCUGAAAAAUGAAAACUAAAUGAAAACUUUUUUGAACUUUUAGGAUGUAUAGUUAAAACUUUGGUGCGAGCCACUUGAAUUUUGAAAAUCUUUGAAAGCAUGCUUUAAUUGAAGAGCUAAAAAAAGUGCGUUUGCUCAAUCAAAUAUCAUUUUUGACCACUCCCCCUUUAUUCGCUCGAGUUCGCGUUUGUCAUACCUUGAAACUUCUCAACGUUUAAAUGUAAUGCUUAUUAUUGAAAAAUUUUACUUUUUCAUAAAAGUAUUUAGUAUUCAUCUCGCAAAACCCAAUAUUCAAAAAUAACUAAAGGUCAAAAUUUUGAAGGGUUUAGUGGCUUCACGAAAGCCUAGCUUAUGACGGAAGGAAAGUUUUGAGGGCAAUGAGGACAAAAACAACAUCUUAAAUCCUCUUUGAUAUCGUGUUUGACAUCCAAAUAUAACUAAAAUUAUGUAUAUAUACUUUUUUUAUUUAAAAAAUGUGCCAAAUCAUAGAAAAGCGAUUUUUUCUUUGCCAAUAAUGUGGAUGUAACUUUUUGUAGCUUGACCAUCUGAUUGGUCUCGUUAUUACGCUAUUUUAUUCAGAAUGUGCGAGGAUGGUGCGAGGGAUGGAGCGAGGAUUAUCAGUGACGGAGAUCUUACCUUGAGCCGUUUUAUAGCCACUUUAAUUUUCCACUUGUUUUGAUAAGGCUUGUUUUCGAGAAAAAGUCAGAUAUUAGUACAAAAUUAAAAACUGUGUUGUUUCUCAUAUAGCAAAUUUCACAAUUUUUAAAGUUUGAAUCAAGGAAUUUAUAUAUCAAUGCCAUUUUUUUAAAAAAAAGGUCAUGAAAAGCUGCGAGGCAUUCAAAGUCUCGAGUUCCGGGUUCCGAGUGGUCAAAGUCCUGGAUCCCGAGUCCCACUUUUCCGAUAUGCCAAGAUGGAUUCUCGGAAUUUUUAUUUGAAAUCGGUACUUCGUCGUAGAGCUUAGUUUAUGGAAUCGUUGUUCUCCGACUUACUUACGGGAAAAGUCAUUGAAAAAUGUUCUAAGGCAAACAUAAUCACAGAUCCUACUGGUUGGACAGUUAUUUCUU